AGCCGCGCGAGGAUUGUCCCGCCUCGAUGUCCAGCUCGAUGAGUGGCCGCGGACCAGGACAAAGCCAGAGUGAUGCAGGAGGUACGACAUCUUCGGGUGUGCCGCCUUCGGCUGUGAAGCAUAGCGCUCGCCGCCAUCCUUCAAUAGCGUGACUGCAGACGCAUUGGUCCGUCUCCGAUGCCGAAAUUCAGCCUCGCCUCGAGAUGAGGCCAUUCCUGGUUCCACCCGAUAAAGAGGGCAUUGUCCCCGACCUGGCCACGCAAGAUGCUCUUCUUCACCCUCUCCCCGAACUUGUCCAUCGCAUCUUCAGUCGCACAAGGCAGUAUGUGGCAUGACGCUAUGGGAUCCGCCGACGCUGCCGUAGAGACCGAGGUCUCGCGAGCCAGAGACAGGGUUGAGGGCAUCGACAAAGUAGAUUUUGUCCACGAGACCGGGGAAGGUAUCUCGCCGAUCAUUAAUGUGGCUUGCUGCUGCAGCUGCCACGCAAUGACGCCCUCGAUGUGGCCGAAACCGACAACACAUUGCCCCAUUGAUGUUUGGCAUCAUGGGACCAGGCGCUCUCGAACAGAUUGGCCCUCGCAUAGCCUUUCUGCUUGGGCACACCGGUCACGCACGGCGGGCACCAGAGUUGUACAGGUUGCGGCCGUUGUUGAUGGGCGGCUGAAGGGUGGUAGCCUUUUGCUGGGACCAGCUGAAGAGCUCGUGUUUUGUCGAGCCGUUUGCCCCGCACUUCACAAAAGCCAAUUGAUCCAUGAGCAUGGCCUUGUAGAGGUUGAGCUGCUUCUCGGCCUGCCGAGCAAAGCCUUCCUCGUCGUCCUCCUGCGUCUAUAAGAGCAGAUCCUCGCAUUCCUUGUUGUGCUGUGCGCUUCAUUUCGCCACCGUCUGCCUGGGCAUAACGCCUUUAGGAGACGAGUCGACGGACUCAUAUCACCUGCCUGGGGCAUCGCGAAGCAAGCUUCGAAGAGCGUAUCGAUGCUCCGGCUAGUAGUGAGCGGUAAGAAGGAUGCCGACUUGAUUGAGGUGCAUGUACGGCGCCCUUGUCGGGUCUUUUACC